UCAUCACAGUUUGCAUAAUUCAGUACACUCAACUCAAGUCUCUACUCCAAUUUCAUAUCAUCCCUCAUUCCCCACCACUGUCUGCAACAUACUUUCCAACCUUCGCGAUGAAGCCUGUCUUUGCAGCUUUGCUAUGUCUAGCUCUUCUCUUGAACUUUUCGUUUCUUCAGACCACCAUGGCUGAUGGGUUUUGUGACACAAAGUGCAACCAGAGAUGUGCAAAAGCAGGGAGGCAGGAUAGAUGCUUGAAGUACUGUGGGAUAUGCUGUGAAGAUUGCAGGUGUGUACCUUCAGGGACUUACGGAAACAAAGAUGAAUGCCCAUGUUACAGGGACAAGAAGAACUCCAAGGGAGGACCUAAGUGCCCUUAAGAUUGUAAUCUCUGGCUUACCAGCAAAGUCAUCGGCAUCUCCCAUUAAUUAAGAAGAAUAAAGUGUCCAUCUGAAUCUGAGUACAGACUACAGAUUGAUUAUUAUCAUAUACCUACCUGCAUGGCGAUAUAUGUAUAUGCAUGCAUAUAUAUAGAUAUGUAAAGAAAAGUGUGUUUAUUCUGAUCAUCAUGUGUGAUCAUAUGUAUUUAUGGCAAUAUGAUUAAAUUCAAUCAAGAUUAAUGAUGGUUGUUAUAUUUA